CGUAAGAGAAAAUCGUCAUAGGUAUGCAUGAAUCGAUGAACACACACCGCACUCCGGCGGCACACAAAUAUCCUCACGAACUGAGUGCGUCAGUGUGUCAGCCUGUCUGACUCGCUCACUCCACUCACACGCCCCAACCCCCCUAGGCCUGUGUGUCCUCUUGGUGCUGGAUGCACUGCUGCGCCAGGAAGCUCACCGCACGAUAAAUGUGCAUGUAGGCCGUCCGCAUCUCUGAGUCGUGUUCGUGCUCUCCCUCUCUCUCUCUCGGCGGUCUCUGUGGGGGAGGUAUGGCGUCGAGGGCGGCCUCGAAGAUGUCGAGCAGCUGGAUGAGCUGCUCCAGGGUGCGGUUGGCCUGCUGCGCCGACACCACGUCGUAGUACUCGUCUACAAUCGACCUGCAUGUGCACAGGGGUGCAUACAAAGGGAAAAGUGGCUCAUGGCGUGGCGUGUGUGUGUGUGUGUGAGGUGCAUCCCGACGGGCUGGGCUUACUUGAGGGGUAUGUUCAUCCUCUUGAGGUCGUCGGCAGCCCUGUAAAACGCCGCGUCACACGGCAUCGGCAGACCCUCCCCGUCGCCACCAACAUCGCCACUACCCCUCUCUCUCUCUCUUCUUCCCCCCUCCCGCCGGCCCCUCCUCCUGCUGCUGCUGGUGCUGGUGCUGUUGGUGCAAGGCUCCACCCGCUGCAGCAGCUGGGUGGCACACUGCAGGUGUGGGGCACCAUCAGAUGCCCUCACCAUGGCAAGCGCCAUGGGGCCGCGCCUGUCGGGCUGCCUCUCACGCUCGGCCCCCACAGUGCCCGCAGUGUUGACGAAGUGCUGCCGCACCUGCUCAAGCCACCGACAUACCGCAAACAGCGACAGAGAGUUCCCAAAGCCCCGCAUCCACGGCUCGCUCCCCGCCCAGCCCUCAUGGGGCUGCUCCGCAAUCACCCGCGACCACGCCUGCCCGUGACACGCGUCGAUGAAGUGCGGCAGCGACAUGAUGACCUCCUUGGCAUACGAGGCCAGGCACGUGAACAUCACGCCCUUGACGAGGGCCUCCUCGCCGGCAGCCAGGGGUCUAGGUGCGAGGGGGGGCGGGGAGGGCUCCGGUGAGCCGAAAAGAGAGGGGGUGGGGGAGGGAGGGCGUGCACUCAGGCGGCUCAGGAACUCUUCCCGAUGCUGCUGCGGGCCCUGAAAGGCAAACAAACAAACGUGACCAUAUAUCAAUCACAUCUUCCGCUUCUAUGUUUGCCCCCGACCAACACACCAUUGCUGGGUCCCUCUCGCAUUCCGCGAGUGUGCUGUUCAGUCUGUGCCUCAGAUACUCCAGCCGCUGCCAAUCGCCGACGUCAAAAGGCAGGGUCGCCCCAACACACCCGUCCUCACCCCCUGCACCAUCCGCCGGGCCAUCGACAUGGUCGUUUGUGUGAGGUGGGGCUGCAGGGGAGGUCGGCUUCCUCUUGGCUUCAUCGGCAGCAGCAGCUCCUGCUGCUGAUGAUGAUCCUGAUGGUUGCGGGGCUGUGGGGAAGUCUGAGAGGCCGACUGCCUUCUUGGCUUUUGCGAGGAUGGCAGCGAAAGCCGCGUCUUCGCCCUGAUGGAUGGAUGGAUGGACCACACACACAGAUCCACCCCACAACAGAAGAAGAAUGAAAGCGCGGCGCUCGUUUUCGCCAUUCUCUGACUCGUACCUGGAGCGAUGCCGGAGGAGUGAGAUCACCAUCUCCAUCCCCUCUCCCAGUAGCCCUUCUCGCGCCGCCCCUGAGAUCCCUCCCCGCCUGACCCUGAUGCGCUCGCCCACUCAGCCGCGCCCCUCUCUCGCCCUUCCUCCUUACAUGACUGUGAACACUGCUUUGUGGUGCAGCCGAUGGCGCAGCAGCAGGGGAUAAUGGGUUAUCUGGAUAAUGCGAUUGCGAUUGCGAUUGGGAUGGCCUGCUGCUCGCCGAUGGCGCUGGUGGUCUCCUGGUUGUUGCUGGGGCGGGUGUGAUGGAUGCGAAUGCUCUCUGGACGGUGGCGAGAACGGACCCCAGGCGGACCUCCACGCCGGCGGCUGAGGCGCCCUGCUCGACGAGUGAGGUGUAGAGUGCCUCCAGGGAUUGUGUCAGCGACUCAAACAGAUUCAACGAUGCAUCCGCCAU